AUGGCAAAAGGAAGACUGGAGAGUCUAUUGAAAAGACUCAAAAGAACACCAGAACUUCUAUCAGCCUACCAUAAGGAAAUAGACCAGCUUCGCGUCCAAAACUUCGUAGAGGAGGCAGACCAGAAUUACGAAGGACUCCACACUUAUCUGCCACACCAUCCUGUCAUCCGACAGGACAAAAAAUCCACGAAGAUUCGACUGGUAUUCGACGGGGCGGCAAAAUCAAAGUAUGGCCCAAGCCUCAACGAUGUCUUAGAAACCGGCCCGAACCUAAAUCCCGAUCUGCUAGCCGUCUUAAUGCGAUUCCGUUUGAACAAAAUCGCAUGGAUAGCAGACAUCGAAAAAGCUUUCUUAAACAUCGCCCUGCAUCCUGAAGACGCCGAAGCUGUCAGAUUCCUGUGGAUCACGGAGCCAGAAACGCCAAAUUCGCCUCUAGUGGCAUACAAGUGGAAACGAGUCCCAUUUGGGCUCAGCUCCAGCCCAUUUUUGCUGCGAGCUACCCUAAACAAACACCUAGACGGCAUGGAAUCAAUCUACUCCACCACAGUAAGACAGCUCAAGGAGCAAAUUUAUGUUGACGACUACCUUGGAGGCGCCGACAACAUUUCCACAGCCAAAACCAGGAUACAGGAGACGAAAUCCAUCUUCCAGGAGGCAAAACUCAACAUGCGAAGUUGGGUCACCAACGACAAAACAGUUCGCAAAUUUCUCAGUGAAAAGGGGCUCAUCAACCCCAUAUGGCACUUGGCUGGAUCCGAGGAGACACCAACAGGUGGAAACCAUUCGUCAGGAACCAAGUCGAUGCUAUUAAGAAACUUUCUGGCCCAAAUUGGUGGCGGCACUGUCCAGGCGUCCAAAAUCCUGCGGAUCUCGCCUCGCGGGGAGCGCCAGCCGCAACGCUGGUACACUCCGAGCUAUGGUGGAACGGACCAUCAUGGCUGA